AUACAAAUUUAGAAAUAUCUGUACAUGCACAUGAUUUUUUUUAAACUCUACCUUUUCUAUUACAGUAUAGUACUGUACUGUACAGUAAACCCUCACUGACGGCAAGUUUACCAUCCUCGGCUUAGAGUACUGUAUCCAAGUUUUAUAUACUGUACUGUAUUGCAAACCAGUUUACUAAUUGUUUUAUCCGGUAUUAAGUAUCCUUGAGUUUCAACAGCCACUGCAGGAAAUUUUUGGUUCCAUUGCAGCAGGGCCGAAGGGCACCCAGGAUCCUGGCACGGGCCUCGAUGGUUGUGGCUGAAAUAUACACAAGUGAGCUCACAAUGUCCCCUACAUUUAUUGCACUCUCUCGGCCUUCCAUGCUUGUUCUUGCAGCGACUCUGACCCUGCGAACAUCCCUAUGAUGCUGCUCUCAAUAUAUUCAUAUUAACUCUACAUAUUAUCAUUUUUGCCCUGAAAUAUGGCCUCAAAGCAUAAAUCAAGUGAUAUGAGUGGUGCUACUCCAAAGAGGACGAAAAAGGUAAUUUCACUGGAACAGAAAAUGAAAUUCCUUGCUGGACUUGCACAGGGUGAAAGCGUAACGUCUGUCAGCAGGCAUCUUUGUUCUAAUAAGUCAACUGUGAGAACUGUAAAGAAAAGGGAAGAUACCAUUAGGGCGAAUGUGAUGGGAAGCGCACAGAAGAACACCGUGACAUGUAUGCUCCUUGUCAAGAAAAAGCAGAGAAUGCGCUCUCUUUGUGGAUCGAGGGUAUGGCACAAAGAAAAGUGACUGAAUAGCAACAUGACCUGCAGGUAAAAUGGCAUCUGUCAGCCCAGAAGAAACAGUGGAAAAUGAUGCCAUGCCAAGGGAGCUGGCUGCUGAGAGCAAACUGUAUGUCGAUGUAGGAGUAGAUUACAUCCCAAUUGUGUAUCGAGAUGAAUAUAACAUCCAUUUGCUUGGUUUGGAGAAACUACAUCCAUUUGAUGCCUGCAAGUGGGGGAAUGUAAUUAAGAAUUUAAAGAAGAAAAACCUCCUUAAAGGUCUAAACUUAGCAACUCCCAAUGAAGCAACAGAGGCUGACCUAAGGCUGGUUCAUUCAGCUUCAUAUCUAAGAAGUCUCAAGUGGAGCAUCAAUGUGGCAAAGAUCAUUGAGGUUGCUCCGGUAGCACUUGUACCCAAUAUAGUGCUGCAAAAGAGAGUACUGAAACCAUUCAGAUAUCAGGUUGGAGGAAGUGUCUUGGCUGGGAAACUGGCUAUUGAGCGAGGUUGGUCAAUCAAUGUUGGAGGCGGAUUUCACCACUGCUGGGGAAAUAAGGGUGGUGGAUUUUGUGCAUAUGCUGAUAUCACCCUCACUGUGCACUUCAUUCUCAACCACUACCCUCAUGUGGAAAGAGUCAUGAUUCUUGAUCUGGAUGCUCAUCAGGGUAAUGGUCAUGAACGGGACUUCAUUGGACGAAAGGAUAUUUACAUUCUUGAUAUGUAUAAUAAAUAUAUAUAUCCCAAUGACACAUAUGCAAAAGGAGCAAUUAGUCGCAAGAUUGAACUAUUUGCAUACACUGAAGAUGAGGAAUAUCUUGACAGAGUUAAUGUUCAUGUUGAGGGAGCCCUUAAUGAAUUUAGUCCUCAUGUGGUGAUCUACAAUGCUGGAACUGACAUAUUGGAAGGCGACUGCUUAGGUCUUCUCUCCAUUACCAAACAGGGAAUUAUUGAAAGGGAUGAGAUUGUGUUCCAGAAAGUACGGCAGCGAAGUAUCCCAAUUGUUAUGUUAACAAGUGGAGGAUACCAGCGAGUAACAGCAGCUGUCAUUGCAGAUUCAAUAGCCAACCUCAACAAAAAGUCACUUAUUGAUAUGUCCUCCCAUUAAUGCACUCAUUUGCAGUGGCUGUAUAUAAGUAUUUACUCUUCUUUUUCCAUAUGGCUCCAGUGCAAUCUUGAAUUUGUAUGGUGAGUCAAUUAUUAUUAUUUUUUUUAUCUUCAUUAGUACACUGUAUAUGUCCAUGGCUUUGUGAGAUGCAAAUAUAACAUGAAUACAGAUAAACCUCAAGAUACGAUGGGGUUACGUUCCUGAAAACCCAUUGCUAGGUGAAUUAUCGUAGAUAGGGUGCAAUAUAACAUGGGGUUCAAUGGGAUACAUUCCCAGCCAGUCCCCAAACACACAUGUAUCACCGACAAAACAAUUCCUACAGUACUACUAUCAGUACAAGACAAUUUAACAACACAUGUCCCCUUCGAGGCUAAGGGGGCUCUUGUAGUGGAGUUGAGCCGUCACUCUGACUCCCACACAGCCUCUGUGGAGUCUCAUGCUGCUUAACAAUGUCAAGCUUCACCUCAGAGACACAGUUGUCUUUGAUGCCUUGGCCUUCCCAGACAUUUCUAAAGUUAUACUGCUCACUUCACAGUCACAAAAAUAACAAAAACACUUUUCACAAAAACACAGCAAAUGAUGAUAACAAAAACAAUGAUAGCGGCUGACACUGCUUACAUUUUCAAAACAAUAGAGUUGAUGCACCUUACACUACAGUCACAAAAACACAGAAAAUAUCACUUCACAGUCAUCAUAACACAGUUCAAUCUAAAUGUUAGUGAUGUCCUCUCACUAUAUGAAAAAUAAAUAAAACAUCAAUAAUAAGUACCAUGUACGAUGCUGGCCGAUAAUCGUGGAGCCAUGCGAUGGUGGGUUUACAUUUGACAAAGAACCAAACUCAGGGCUGUAGUGCACGGGUUGGCUUUGUGGUGGCGUGUGGGUAGGCUUACAAGUGAAGGUGGAGAUGCUUCAUGCAAAGGAUUAAAUAUUGAUUCCUUAUAAGUGUCACUGAGUUGUCAUAGAAAAAUAUAAUUUGCAUUGCUGUAAUCCUUACAAGACAACAAUUACAGUCAACCCUCACUUUACGCGGUCCCACAUUCCGCGUUUCCACGUUUACACGGUGCCCUGCCA